UCACUCCUCCUCCUCUCAUGUCUCCUCUCUCAGUUUAUUCCUACUUUCUGCAUGUUGCGGUCGCUUUGCUUCACUUCUUCACAGCUCAUCUGAUUUUAAUAAGGAAGGGACACAUUUUCGGAUCGUGUUAAAUAUUUGUGCACUAAUACUUCAGUGCGUAAAGUGCAUCCACACUAUCAUUUAUCUCUUCUAUCAACACGGAUGUCCAGCUCCAAGGAGAGGAUAUGUAUCAGGGCAUAAUGACAACCAACCACGGACCCCCCUCCUAUGAGGCCGGAUUUCUCCACAACGCCUCGGCGGGCACCUCUCCGGUUUACGUGCCCACCACCCGGGUCGUCACCCCCAUGAUCCCGGCACUGCCUUACCUCCAGACCCCCGGCGCGUCGCAGCAGAGCAGCCCCGUGUCGAGCCACUCUGCCUGGGCGCAGCCGUGCGCCGACUCAGUGCCCUCGUACAACCACUCCCCGGUCUCUCCGCGCUUCGCCUUCUCCACCAGCCCGCCUCUGUCCUCCGGGGUGGCCACGGCCCGGGACACGGCGGCUUCUUACAGCAGCCCGCUAAACAUCUCUGCCAACGGGAGGGAGCACUACGGCGCCCGGAGCCUCAGCGGGUCUUAUCACAGCCCCUACCCGGCCUACAUGAGCCCGAACGUGGGUGGGACGUGGCCGGCGUCUCCCUUUGACAGCCCGGUUCUCCAUGGUCUCCAAACCAGCGCUCCUCAUGGCACAACACGGCACCCAAACGACCUGUUUGAUGAUUUCAUCGAGGGGCGAGAGUGUGUGAACUGUGGGGCGAUGUCGACACCCCUCUGGAGGCGGGAUGGUACGGGCCACUACCUGUGUAAUGCCUGCGGACUGUACCACAAGAUGAACGGCAUCAACAGACCUCUAAUUAAACCUCAGAGACGGCUGUCUGCCUCGAGGAGGGUGGGCCUGUCCUGCUCCAACUGUCACACCACCCUCACCACCCUGUGGCGACGAAACGCAGAGGGAGAGCCGGUCUGCAAUGCCUGUGGCCUCUACAUGAAACUCCACGGGGUACCACGACCCCUGGCUAUGAAAAAGGAGGGCAUCCAGACCCGCAAACGCAAACCCAAGAACCUCAACAAGUCCCAAACUGGGACCCCAGGCAGUGAGGGGACUCCAGUCACGCCAAGCAGCACUCCCCGGGCCUCCACCACCACAGAGGAGCCUCGCCAGAUAAAGACGGAGCCGGACACUCACAGCUUGUACACACACCAAAGCGCACAUGCACAGAUUUCAGCCCUGCCAGCCUACAUGGCAGCUCAAGGUGGGGCCAUUCCACUAAAGAUGACCCCUGGCGGCCACGGCGGAUCUUCCGGCUCCAAAGCUGAACCCUGGAACAACCUAAUCCUGGCCUAGAAGACCUACAACCCAGCAUCUCAAACCAACCUAUCUGUGGUGAUUAAACUCUCCUGAGAGACAGGAAGCAGACUGCUGCUCUGGAUGCAGAUGUUCCUGCAGCCUGAGCACCGUACAGUGCCUUCAGUGCAACACUCUGGGACACAUGUGAGGGAAAUGGAGAUCCUAAACAGAACUGAGCAGAUACUGUGCAUCAUUCAUUCACAGCAAUGAAGGACUGAAUGGAGUUUGUAAAAGAGCAACAUUGUGAUCAGACACACGACUGUUCACCUUUUCCAGCAUGCCAGUGCAGGGGCAUUAAGUGACAAAUACUUUAACUUAAACCAGUAACAAAUAACAGUCAGACUUUAUCUCCCUGAUUUAUUUUUAUUUUGUUAUAUUUGUCUUCAUUUUCACAUUAUUACGAACAACAUGCCUUAAAAUGAUGGACACACAAAACACCAUGCACCAUGGAGGAGUCGUAGCCAGUGUUCUUUAAGGGUCAGUUCACAUUGAUAAGAAAAACAGCAACUAUAUUUUCACACUCAUAAUGGUAUUUACUUGCAGAUGUGACAUCAAAGUGCAACAGAGGUAAAUGAAAAGUAUAUUUUAAAAACUCCAAAGCUCUGUCUCUUUACAGAACAAACAAUGUGCCGGUGACUUGAUAAUCCACAGACCUCAACAUGGUCAGUUUUCUGUUUUUGAUAUGUUUUCUCAACCUGUUCUCACACCCCGAGGUCAUCAAAUACGGCAGCUUGGUCAGUGGCCUUCGACAGAUACUAAAGGACACACGGUGCACCCCUUAGCAUCUAUAUGAGAUGAGAUGACUCCAGUGUAAUCCAAACUGCGGCAAUAUAAGACACUCGGAGCAACUCAUGCAGCAUAAAAGCGAGAACAUGUUUGUAUGGAUUAGGUCGGGGUGGAUGGGUGGGAAACACAAGACUUUCACCCAGGAGGCCGCUGUUUGUGUCACAUGUGAAACCAAAAGCAGUUCUAACCCAAACCAUGAUCCUUUCCCAAACCUAACCAAGAAGUUGCAUUGCCUUAACCUAUGUUUCCUGUGAUCACAGAAGUUUCCUUUGAAAACACAUUAUUUAACAAGCUGAAAGUGAUACAUCCAAAACUGAUGCUAAAGGGGUACCAACCUGUGCUGAGUUCUUUGAAUACAGACCCUUUGUCAUACCCCUCAGCGUGUGAUACCAACGCCAAAGGCACCCUUUUGGCGUCAUCUACUCCACUUCAAACUGUCUCUAAAGAUGGGCCCAGCCACACAGAAGAAACUAAUGUAGGCCGCUUGUAUCUGCAAUCUUGUUCUUUCGGUCGACGCAUAGCUCAUGGCCAUAGGUGAGGGUCAGAACGUAGAUGGACCGGUGAAUCGAGAGAAUAUCUCUCUGGCUCAGCCCUGUCUUUACCAUGACAUAAUUUUUUUUCAAAACCUAACCAGGUAGUUUUGUUGCUUAAACCUAACCACAACUGUUAGACAAUGGUAACCAUGAGUUACAAAAUGUCUCACCCAGCAAACAGCUGUGUGUCACAUACAGAUGGUAAAGGGUGCGUCUCAUGUAUACGCCAAAGGGUGUCUUUGACGUCAAUAUCACACGCCAAAGGUGUUGAGAAGCAUUGGUAUUUGACGAUCUGGGAUAAGAACUCCUUGGGUGUACCUAGAACAUCAUAGUUUAAAGCAGUGGCUCCUGAAUGGUCCAGCCAUGUGGUCCAGAUUUGUCCUUAGUCAUUAGUUAAAGGUUAACAAAGUUUAAUAUACUCAGCGUCAUACUUGCAUUUGGCCAUGUCGUCAAGCUGAUUUGCUGUCCCUGUAAAGUAGUCGUCCAUUAUUUUACAAACUUGACUGAUUUGUGAGUCACUUGCCCACGUGACCCACUUUUGGACCGUGACCCACCAGUCAGGAACCACUGGUGUAAAGUGUAGGGUCACUGACCAAACUGCUGUAUUUGACACGUCGGGAGUGACAAGAUGGUCGAUGAUUCAAACUGUUCAGAGGUGAUGAGGUCUGUGGAUUAUCCAGAGAAUCCAAUAAAGCACUUUGCUAUUGAGGUUUCCACAAACAUCCCAUCAUUUUAGCUGAAAUAGGGUGACUCAGUCUCAGCAGCAACAACUUUAGAACUUUAGCAAAUAAAACCAUCUGCAAGGCAAAAUACCAGUAGGGAUGAACAGAAAAGAAUAUCUGAACUGACCCCUUAAACAUUCUCCACUAUUGACACUCACUAAUCACUUAUAUGUGAUACCAAUAACUGUAAUGCACAGGUGUAAUUUCACAGUUUAUCUAAUUUGACAAAGACAAGAUAAUCAGACAUCCAUCACUCCUAGACAGCAGAGAUUCGAUGACCUUCAGUAAACAUGAUCUCCCGCUCAGUGCAAUAGGAACAGCUCCUUGCUGGCCCUUUGCGCCUUUGAUUUAAAGUGUAAAAUACACAUGUAUGUAUUGACACCUCUAUGAAAAAACAACAUGAUAAUCUACCUUUGCAGCAAGUAAGCUGCACGAUGGAUGUGGAUGGAAGUGAUGGCACAUAGCUCCCUCUGCUGGCACAUGUGCAGAUGUGCAACCAUAAGAAAAUUUCAAGGGCCUUUCCAGAAGACAUCCUGCUAGUAUUUAUUAUGAAUUGCACAACCCCAAACCACACAAUCAUCUAUCAUCUAUUAUCUGAAGGUUGUUCAUGACUGUGUAUUGUACCAAGACUGUACAGUUUGUUUGCAAUACUUAAUGCUUUAAUUUGCUUGUGACAAGCAUUGGGGGGGGGGGCAACUUAUGUAAAUGUGGGAUAAUUACCGAGAAAUAUACGAGCAUAUAUGUAAAAACUCCACUCCAGUAUAAUUGUAAUACACCAUUUGUGAUAUAUUGUAAGUAAAGACACAGUGAGAGGUGGACGUGUGCACUAACACUACCUGAUGCCCUUCCUCUGUGUGCAACUGUAGCUCUGCUGAGGAAACUAAUAAAGACAAAGCAUUCUGAUGUAAUGCAAACAGUA